CUUGUAUAAAGUUAUGUUUAGAUAUCUUCACUGAUGCUGAAUUUAUAUAUUGUAAAGUGAACGAUUCAAAUAUACUUCAAGAUUGUGGUACUAGGAAAGUAAGUGUGGUUAUGAAUCGAUUUUGCAGAUUUUCAAAAUAUCUUUAAGGUAUGCCAAACAAAUGUUCUGAACAAGUCUUGCGAAUUUCGUUAAAAUUGUAACAGUUGUUCCUAAGAUAUGGUUUUUCAUAAGUAUCCACAAGUGGGCGGCACCAUAGAAUUUUAUGCUUCUUCUGUUUUUCCUUUGAACGGUUGGUAGGCGUGGUUAUGAACCUGAUUUCAUAAAAAAAGUAAAUAACAAAAUUCCAUCAAGAAAUCAAUUAUCUUGGAAUACUUUAUGUUGCAACAUCAUUUGCCUUAUCAAUAUAUCUUCUAACGAAAUUGAAUUAAAUAUGUUGAAUACCUAAGGAUGUACUAUAAAAAGUGAUGAGUUUUACUGUAUUAUGUAAGCAUAUUACAAUGGCUUCACAUUGAUAAACUUGCAUGAUUACAUUACAUUCUAAUAAUAUAAUCAUAAGCAUAAGUACAUACAUAUGUAUAUAUUUAUGAAAACUAUAUGUAAUGACAAUAUACAUAUGUAUUUUAAUACCUAAAGAAACCUGGAUACUCAAUGUUAUACAAAUGUGCAUAAGUAAAACCUACAUUACUGAGCAUUCAAGGUCAACAUUUAGCUUUCCCUCGUACUAAAUAUUAGGCAAUCUCCAACAAUUGGUAUAUAUAUUAUACAUACAUAUAAGACCGAACACUGCACUUUCAAGUAUUUUUCACAUAUCAAAUUAAUGCAUUUUACAGAAUUCCAUAGUUGCUGAUAAAAAUAAUCGAUGGAUGAAAGAAAAAAUUUAGUAACAGAUUAAUCCAAUGAAAUCACUGAAAGCUUUCACCAAGCAGACAGUGAAAAAGCCCAAAACAAUACAAAAAGAGUUAAUUAAAUGUUUAUGUGAGUGAAUAACAAAAGAACAAGUGCAAGUGACCAGUGACCAGUGGUCAUACUUGUAAUAGUGUUCUUGUAUACUUACAUUUUGCAAAAUACAAAAAGAAAAAUAUUUUAUUGUAGUAUUAAAAUUAAAUAAACGUGUUUUAAAACUAAAUUAUAAAAAGUUGUGAAAAAUAAUAAUAAAAAAAUAAUUUAAUUAAUUAGUCGAAGCAAAGAUUUGAAAACAUAAAAAAAUGUAUAAAAAAAUUUAGUGAAUCUAACAUACCAAUUACUCAGUGCACUACCACACCGUACAGUAGCCACAGCAAAAAAAAAAAAAAAAAAUAUAAACAACAUAAUGCAACAAGAAGAUUUGGGAGAAUACAAAAAGUAUUUCAUCACCUGAAUAUUAUAUUUAAAAGAAAUGCAUUAAAAGCAAAAGUGUUACAACAAUUGAAUUGUAAUAAUAGAAGAAUAACAACUGUCACGCAUAUCAAAAUGCUACAAAAUGCACAAUAAUAAAAAUAACAAUUAUGUAUAGAAAAAAAAUAUACGCACAGUCAUUGAAUAUACAGUAGUCUGCUUCAAUAGACGCGCAUUACAAACAAGCAAACAAAAAAUAGAAAAAAAAAAUAAAAAUAUAGUGUGUAAGCAGAAAUUUAAGCUAAGUCAAACAAAUACACAACUUUAAGCAAAAUGCCGACAAGUAAACGCGCCAAAGUAGCUGCUUGAGGCGCGCGGCCGGUUAACGAACUCUGCACGGGCGAACGCAUCGCAUCGUCAGCGUUUGGCAAAAAUAACGCUUAAACAAAAAAACAAGCAAAAAGCGAUUAAGAGAUUUAGCAGGAAACUUUCAAAAAUUCUGUGAAAAAAUCGAAAAGAAAAAUUGUAUCAAUGAAUUUGCGAGCAGAUAAGCCAACCUGCUGACUGCUCCUCAUUGUGGCGAACAAAUUGUGUAACAAAACAAAUGAAACUUUCAAUUAAGUGUGUUUUCAUGUGUAACAUUUUCAAAUAAAAUAUGAAAGUAAUGCAUGUAUAAGUUUUAAUUGAAUUAAAUAAACAAGUCAAGUGUGUUUAAAUUCGGUGUUCUUUUCAAUGUAUUUAAUCCGUUGUAAAAACAAUAAAAAUACCAAACAAACAUUAUAGAGUGCAGCAGCCUCAUUGGAUUUAUAGUUCACUACACUGGAAUUACAAGGCACUAAUUUCUGCGCAAUGACGACCCCCACAACCACACUUCACACGGAGACAGUGAGACAGUGAGAGCUGACGUCAUUUAACGCACUUUUACUGCUUUAGAAUGAAAUGGAUGUGCAACAAAUAUUUGGUCAUAGACCAAGAAGAACAUUACCGGCAACUACAGCAACAAAUGCGAAUAUCACACAACCAUACAGUUGUCGACUUACAAAUGCGCCCAGGACGCAACACUGGGAAGCAGACAUCUGGUGUCAGCCGCAAACAAAUCUCAACGACAAUGUCAACCUCAACAGCAACGUGGGCGAUGACAACGCAGAAACAACACCGAAUGCGUAUACAACUAAAACAACAGCUGCGACCGCAAAUGAAGCUAACAACACCGACGCAACAACAACAGCGGCAUCAGCGCUCAAUCAGUCCUACCGCUGUAUGCUCGAGCAAUUCGAUGCGGCAGUGCAGAGAGCACGCUACAAAUGUCAACCAAUUCCGAAGUACACGACGGCAGGGGCUAAUGGGAUGGCGGAGAAUGACCUUGGUGAAGAAUUUGUGGCGACAAUGGCCGAGGAGACCUUGCCUGACGGUUUCGGCGCGGACGCAGUCAAUUGCGCAAUAAAUACCGAAGUAGUAGUGCAACAGCUGCGGCAACCAGUGGUCAAUUUUAAUUUGGCACUAGCGCAGCACCAACCAUUACAGGGUGAUCAGCAUAUUAGUCAUUUAGUUAAUAGUAGUAAUAUUAGUGACACAGCAAAUGCACAAUGUAAAGUAGUACAAAGACAGUUACUAUACUGUGAUGAGUCGACAGCAGCGAAUGGCAUUUUCGAUGAUAACGGUAUACGAUUAGCGCACACAGAUGUUGCCACGGCGGCCACAACAGAAAAUGUAAAUGGCGGCGGUAAUGCGUCCAUAGUAGACGAUUUCAUUUGUUACCUGCGCAUACAAUACGAGGACCUAACCGCCUCACUCUCACCACCACCCGCCCAACAAGCAACGCCGACCACCGCGGCAUUAGACGGUUUGUUGCAACAUAAUUUGACUGAUAGCUUAAGCGCCAGCGCUGGUGGUAUCGGUGGUAAUCCACUGAAUAACGCUUGGCAGCAUUUUAUUAACAGCAACCGUAGUAGAUGGAGUGCCAGUGAUUUGUUACCACAACUCGGCGCUCAGUUAGUCAAUUCAACAGCAAUGCAAGCGAACUACAGUUGGUUGGCGGGCGCUUAUGAUGAUGCGUUCUGGUCGUGGAAUGCCUUUGAUGAGCUCAACGCUGACAAUGCGUCCGCGCCGGUUAGUGAUAUCAGCAGCAGCAUCGGUGACAGCACAACCAGCGACAGUGGCAGCACAUCACUAUCGUCGCUGUGGGGUCCACGUAAACUCAGCAAUGACUAUUCAUGGGGUAAUAAGCUAACGCGCCAACAUGAUUAUAAGUGGAUAUUUCUUUGUGUCAUAUUCUUCAUAUUCGCCGGUGGUCUUGGCAAUAUACUAGUCUGUUUGGCGGUGGCACGCGAUAAGAAAUUACAAAAUGUCACCAACUAUUUCCUUUUCUCGCUAGCAAUAGCCGAUUUGUUGGUCAGCUUGUUUGUGAUGCCGUUGGGUGCGAUACCGGCAUUUUUGGGUUACUGGCCACUGGGCUUCGUUUGGUGUAAUAUUUAUGUGACAUGCGAUGUGCUGGCCUGUUCCUCGAGUAUUCUGCAUAUGUGUUUCAUUAGUCUGGGACGUUAUUUAGGCAUACGAAAUCCAUUGGGAUCACGGCAUCGUUCGACUAAGCGUUUGGCAGGCAUAAAGAUCGCCAUUGUGUGGGUUAUGGCAAUGAUAGUAUCCAGCUCGAUAACAGUUUUGGGCCUCGUCAACAAGCAUAAUAUCAUGCCGGCUCCUAAUAUUUGCGUCAUAAAUAAUCGCGCUUUCUUCGUAUUCGGCUCGCUUGUGGCGUUCUACAUUCCUAUGCUAAUAAUGCUAACAUCAUAUGCUCUGACUAUACCGUUGCUCCGGAAGAAAGCUCGCUUUGCAGUUGAGCAUCCAGAAAGUGAACUCUUUCGACGCUUGGGUGGCCGUUUCACUAUACGACCACAGCAUAACCAACAGCAACAGCAACUGCAACUGCCCAACAACAGCAGCUUUCGUCGUAGCAUCAACAGUCAUACCAGCAACAGCAAAUAUUGUGGCGGCGAUAGCAAUCGCAAUUUCAGCACCAGCAAUGAGCGAGACAUUACAGCUUACAAAGCGAUCGAUGUGGCCGGUGGCGGUAGUGGCGCUGGCAACAACUUUGGCGGCGGUACGCUCUUCAAGUGCCGCACAACCUUUGGACGCAGCACCAUACGUCACACGUCAACGACAUCGGUGUGCAUUAAGUCACCAACACGCGAAAUUAGUGGCAUGGAACGACUGACUCAAUCACAAUCGGCACAGCAGAGCAUCUACUGGCGCACGCACGGCAAUCCGAACAUCAUGGACAGUCAUCCCAAUCGACGUGGCCCGGUGCGUGUGAGCACUUCACAACCGCAAUUGGGUUAUUCUAGCAACGGUGGCAGUGCGGGAGGUGCGCUGAUCAACAGCGGUGGCGGAAACGAGAGUAGUCUACGAAAGGAUGUCAUUAGCAGCAUCAGCGGCAGUACGGCCAACAACAAUGGCAGUGGCAGUGCAAUGCUAGCGAAGCAGCACGGCGGCACCUGUGAGCAGAGCACCCAAACACCCGAGUCCAUAAUGCGUGAGACACGACGCCACAAGCUAAAAGCAUUUAAAUUCUCACUGAAUAAUGUUACGACGCCAGCGUUGAAUUUGCGCUUCCUGAAUAAUCGCAACAAACGCAAUAGCUUAUCCGCUAAUGCAGUAGCCACCGAACAGAAAGCGACCAAAGUGCUCGGUCUAGUCUUCUUCACAUUCGUUCUUUGCUGGUCGCCGUUUUUCAUUUUGAACAUAAUUUUCGCCGCUUGCCCCACCUGUCAAGUGCCCGAACAUGUUGUGGACACAUGCCUCUGGCUUGGUUAUGUUUCAUCAACCAUUAAUCCCAUUAUCUAUACAAUUUUCAAUCGAAUAUUUCGUGCGGCUUUCAUACGGCUACUAAAAUGCAAUUGCGAGCGCUCCGGUCGGCCAUCACGCUAUCGUUCCGUCACCGAAGGGCGCGGCGCAUUAAAUCUGUGCGCGCCAUCCGCCCUACCGUUGGCCAUUUCAUUUCAAAGUGCACCUCUGAUGACACCAUCAACCACAAAUGCGACGCCGUUAAGCGAUUUUCGUGGCAGCUACACCAUCACAGAUGACGAGUGUUAAAAUGGAGUUGCAUUCGCAUUGGCGGCUGCAAGUAGACAUGGCAACAUGGCAAUUAUUUUUCUGACUGAAAAUUACAACAUAAAUUUACAAAUGCUAUACAAAGCGCAGAACUUUGGCGAAACGACGAAACGAGCAAAAUAGUAACUAUUGUUACCUUUACAUAUAAAUAUUUGAGUAACGGAAUGAAUGUGUUGGACUUUGGUGAAUGUACAUAGAUAUCCAUAUGUAAAUAUUAGGUACGAAUGAUGGAGUGUGCUCACAUGGCGUAAUAUUUAUUCAGAUGUGGUUGCCAUAUGGCGCUAAACAUACAUACACACAUAUAUACUUUACAGACAAAGUACAUUGACAGAAGUUUAUUAUAAGUUUCCACAUACAGUACCAGCGUCCAGCAGCAGACAAUUGAAAAAGUUGGUCAAUUCGAGCGGAGAUAUUAAGCAAAGGCUACGGCGAACUUCAGCAAUAAAUAUGUUCGUGUUUCGAAAGCAUUUAUUUUAGCAGAGAAGUUUGCUCCAAAAAAGACAUAGUUUUGUUUCCUAAGCAGGCAGAGGGAAGUGGUGGAAGACAGUGGUGGCAAAGCCCACUCCACUACUUUUCUACAUAUAAGAAAUAACAAAAAACUUUUGUAAUUUACCUACAGACAGUGCAAUUUAGGAUUAUUUUUAGACAUCCAAGUAGGUGGUUUUGUUUUAUUUAGAUACAAAAAUACGAAGCUUUGUAGCACAAUCCUACAUUAUAUGUUAGCAAGAAUGCAUUCACAUACAUAUGUAUAUCAACAGACUACUCUAUUAGCAAUUAACAGUUGUCAUUGUUUCGUUUAAACUGUUAUUCUCAUUAGUGAAAUCAAAACAAACAACAGCUGAUUGUGAAGCAAAAGCAAAUUUAACAAAGGUGUUUCUUUGUUAUAACAUACGUAAGCAAUUAAAUAUGGUACUAAUUACGCAAUUUAAAUCGGAAUAUUUACAACUAACUGAACUGAAGCCUUAAUUGAAAAAAAUUGUAAAACGUGUGCACGUUGUCAUAAAAAUUCUAGAAAAAAUGUAUUUUAUAUUUGAUGCCCAAACAAUUGUUAAUUGCGCAUAUAACAACAUUAAUUACAACCAUAAAAAUACAAUUAACGACUUAAUUGAUACCAAAUUACUAAAUUUCGAUUUAUAUGCUAAAUUUAUUUCACUUAUCGAAAGAGAACUGAAAAAAGUCUAAACUAUCUGCAUAAUUUCGCUUAGUUUUGGAACGCCCUUUAAUAAAAUUCACACUAAAAUAUAUAUUGUACAAUUUUAAGAUAAAACGUGCUUAAUUAUAUCUCAAUGUAGCCUUUUCACACAGCCAAAUUAAUUGAUCAAUUCAAAUUUUUAUUGAGAAAUUAGUUUUUGCCCAUCACACUGCCGGCUACUCGAUAACUGAUCAGCUGUUAUACAUUUUUGUUUUUGCCUUUCAUAAGAAGUUGAUACGUUUCAUCAGCUGUUUGCUAUUUUUAGCAGCGACAUCUACCGUGAACAACAACUCACUGACAAAGAAUGCAUAUAUAAUUACAAAUAUGGUCUUUGACGCAGAGUUGCAUUUUAUUUUCAAGUCGAUGAAAAUUCAAUCAAAAAUUAAUGGAAAUUUUUAUUUUGGAUGGUAAAUCGAUCUUAGCGUUUUAAUCGAACGGAGGCCGGUUAUUUGAUCAAUUAGCUCCUGUGUGAAAAAACUAUAAAGUUUUAUUUUUAUUUUUUUAAUUUUGUAUUAACAAUUCCAUUUAAUUAAGGCAAAUCUUUAUUCAAUUCAUCUAUAAACAUGCAAUGAUUUCAAUUAAUUAAUUAAUUACUUUACAAACAAGCAAAAGCAAAUGCUUGUGCAAUUAUAUCAAAUAUUUACCAUUUUUUAUUGUCAAUAAUAGCAUGCGCAACUGUUACUAUUCUUCCAAAGAGCUAUUAAUAUAAAAAAUGCCACACAUUUGAUUAAAUUAGCAGUGAAAAGCUUAAUAGCUGGACUCGCACUACUUAAUUGACGUUGAAUGAAUUAUGUUCUUACUGAAAUUGACAGGGAAAAACAAUCCAAAUAACAACGUGUGCACGUUGGCAUUUCGAAAGGCGCAUGCAUUGCACAACAAAGGUGUGCAUGAUUUGUAAUCGAAACAAUUAACAAGUGUGUACGUUAACAGCUAGAAAUUUACUCGUAACUCAGUCAGAAUACUAAUUACGUAAAACAGUGUACAUAUGUAUAUAAAACGAUACUUCAUAGAAUGAUUGUGCCAACAUUGCACUUAUUUAUCGCUUGGGUGAUACUAAAAUUUGCUGAAUGAUUUUAAUAAGAACUCAAACAGAAGAAGAUACCCAAUUAUAACAUAAAAACAGUCAAGGAGCGACAACUUUGGUUGUGAAGCAUAAGCUCUUUCCUUAUGGAAAAUUAUAUGGCUAUUUGAUGCUGCUAAUAUAAUACUAGGUCUGAGGUCAAAUUGUUGCGACCAACUUGGAUCAUAGCGAAGGUUGUUAACUGGGUUAUUUGUGAUAUGGAAAGUGAUGUUAAGUAAAACUUCAAUAGAAUCCUAAAACGGCAUCUGGAACACAAGGGGUCUCAUGAAGAAACUGAAUUUAGCAAGUGUAUCGAAAGGUGAUUUUACACACCCAGUACCGUUGGUAAAAAAAAAUUCCUGGCUCUAAGCCUUAGUAAUCAUCAUAAUCAUUUUGUAAUCAUUCCUCAGAAGAUCGGAUAAGAAGCUUAGAGAAGAAUUCAUUUAUAUACAGAAAACAGCAAACUGCUUAAAAGAUAUACCUGAAAACCAAACUAGCUUUGUGAAUUAUGUUAAUCACAUAAAUUUCACUGAUUUCAAUACAGCAACAUUUCAACCGAGUUCAUCCCGUACUCAUUCCAGUAUAAUUAAUUACUUGUUUGAUUUCACAACCGUCGCUUAAUUAAAAAUCACACAACUAAUAUGCAGACGGAAACAUAAUGCAGACGAAGCCAUUAAAACAUUUACCUUUCACUGAAACUCACUAUUAAUUACAAAAACAAUUUGACCAAACAUGAAACUUCAACUUUCACGCCGUCUCUGCCACAACUACGUGGACAAACUCAUUAGUAGUAAGUAUAACGGCAGUCAAAAGUUUAAUAACUGCGCAGAGAUAAAGUUAAUGUCAGAGAAGGAAAACGGAGUCAAUAUAAUAAACAUAAUUGUUAACAGACACAGCAAAUCUUUAGGUUGUAGGUUAUUUGGUAUUCUUGAAUUUCCUAAGCAAAAUGUUAUUGUUGUAUGUUUGUAUGUCUUUAUGUGUAUAUUUUUAUGUGUGUUUAUAGGCGGUUAAAUGAGCUAUUAAGCAGAAACGUAAAGAAAUAGUUUCUGCUAAACUUACCCUAUCUUCUACUUCAGCUAAUUACAUGGAAAAUAAUUUUAUGAAAUACAUAGUGCAAAAUCAAAAACCUAGAAACAAAAACUGUCACUCAAAUCAAACAAAAAAAAGUGUAUCAAGUGAGUAAGCUUCAUAGUUUUCUUACAAAAUAGCUGACUAAAUAGCUGAAAAUAAUAAAUAAUUAUUGUACAAUUUAUGGAAAUUUUUACUACACACCCACACGCACACUCAUGUGUACCUGUAUGUAUGAAUGUGAAAUCACAAUUUAAUAUGUGUAAAUGUACCUAUCGAUUUGCUAUAAAUACAAAUAUAUUAAAUGUGUGUAUAUGUAGUGUUUAGUGUUAAUAAAGGUGUCCAACAAAGAUUGUUGUAGCUCUAAGCAAAUUUACUGACUUCCCUAAAUAAAAGCGUGAGCAGAACGUUUUUUUUCGCUCAGCAUUAACGUUGAUGCGCCAUGCCUAAAUAAAAGCGGCAACUUUACGUCAAAUAUCAAAAUGUUUACUUGAAUUGUUGUUGUGAAAUUUUAUUGAACAGAGAAGCUUCGUUUUUCGCAGCCAACUUAACUUCGGAACGCUAUGUCAAAAUAGAAAAUUUCAUCCGCUCAGCGUCGCCAUCGCGUUAUUUAGGUAUGCGCCAUGCAAAUUGUAUGGGCAUGAGAAUUUUUUGAAAGCCAUUUGCAGCUGCCGUUUUUAUUUAGGGAAGGCAGUGAGUCUAAAUAUUUAUAGUUGUUUAAAUGUAAAAACAUUGAAUAUUAAUUUGUUGUAAUUUUUUAAGUAAAAAUGAAAUUAAAAUUUUAGCAAAAGUUUAUAUUAAUUUGUAGACAUAAGUUGUAUUAAAAUGUUUCAACAGCCCGAUUUAUUAUGUCUGCUUCCCAGUAAAGUUAGUUAGGUUAUUUUAUUAUUGAACAAGUAAGGAAAGACUAAGUUCGGCUGCAACCGAACAUUUUAUACUCUCGCAAUUUAAUGCAGAAAUUUUAUUAAGAUAACACCCAAAUUUACCUAUAAAUUCGGCACAAAGUUUAAUAGAAUAACGAAAAUCGUCCUAUACAGUGUAUGAGGGCUGAGGAAGUUCCUGAACCGAUUUCAUUCAUUUUCACCAGCAGGGUACACUAUAUCCAAGACUAUACACUCACUUAAUUUCGCUAAGAUAUCUCACAUAUUAAUCAAUACAUAUAUGCAGAUUAAAGCCCACCGUAUUUUUGAAAAACCUAUAAUUAGGUACAUAUAUGGGAGGUAGGAAAUGUUAUUAUCCGAUUUUAAUAAUUUUUGGAACCGAGACACACUAUUAGAAUAAACAAUUUUCUCUGAAUUACAUUAAAUUAUCUAAGAGUUUUACCCAUAAUUUCGGUUAAAAUUUACCCUUAGGCGCGGAGUUCAACAUGUUCGAUAACAGGGGCCUUGAAAAGUUAUAGUCCGUUUUCGAAAAUUUUUUCUCAAAUGAAGCCAGAAAGGAUAUGUACUAUUUGUGUAAAGUUUUAUUCCGCUAUCUUCAUUUGUUCCUAAUGUAUAUAUGUAUUAUAAAGUGAACGAAUCAAAAGAAUUCAAAAUUGAGUUAUAUGGGAAGUAGACGUAGUUGUAAACCGAUUUCGCCCAUAUUCCAUCAGUGUCAUCAGGGUGUCAAGAAAGUAUUAUUUACCGAAUUUCAUUGAAAUCGGUCGAGUAGUUCCUUAAAUAUGGUUUUUGACCCAUAAGUGGGAGAUGCCACGCCCAUUUUUCAUUUUGUAAAAAAAUCUGAGUGCAGCUUCCUUCUGCUAUUUCUUCUGUAAAAUUUAAUGUUUUUGACGUUUCUCGUUAGUGAGUUAACCCACUUUUAGUCAUUUUCAACUUAACCUUUGUAUGGGAGGUGGGCGUGGUUAUUGUCCGAUUUCUUUCAUUUUUGGACUGUAUGAGGAAGGUAUGAGUUUGGUUUAUAUAGCUUUAUGGGUUUGCGAGUUAUAUACAACUUUGCGAGUUAUACAGCAACUUUUGUUGCGAGAGUAUAAAAACUAUUCUAAUGAUCAAAUAAUUGCUACAAAUUGUGCAUUUCAAAACAUAAUUUUAGCAAAUAUAAUUUCUGCUGAUUUUUUCGAAAUUUUCGCAAAUCAAGUUAAGCUGCUAUGUAUGGAGACGAUUAAUUUAUGUAUUUAUAUUUUAAUUAUAUAUAUGUAUAUACAUUUUAUUAUAAGCGCUGUUUUCAGUUCAAAAUAUUUUAAAUAUAUUAAUUAAUUAUACUUUUUUUCUACGGUUAAUAGAAGCAAUAUUAUUAUAAUAUAACACUAAUUUUUAUACUCUGGCAACAAAGUUGCUAAGAGAGUAUAAUAGUUUUGUUCGCAUAACGGUUGUUUGUAACACCUAAAACUGAACGAAUUAGAUAUACGUUAUAUAUACCAAAGUAAUCAGUAUGAAGGGUGGAGUUCAAAUCCGGAUAUCCGUCUGUCCGUCCGUCCGUCUGUGCAAGCU